UGCUGCACAUGAAUAUAAAAUACUAUUACCUAUCACACACAAAUAAUAGUAUCAGACCACAAAUGUGUCCAAAUUCCUGUUAGCUCAAACUCCUGUUGAGCUAACUAUGAUCUCAUCAAAGUGACAUGAAAGGAAAAGUGAUGCAAUGUUAUAGAUCAAAGUGACUUAAAAGGAGGUAUGACACAUUCUUGUUUGAUAGAUACCUCAUAAGCACCAUUUGGACAACUCAUUAUCACAGAUUCCAUUUUGGAGGUAUUUGCUGUUUCAAAAUGCAGAUCUUUGUGAAAACUCUGACCGGUAAAACCAUUACCCUGGAGGUGGAGACCAGUGACACAAUUGAAAAUGUUAAGGCCAAAAUCCAGGAUAAGGAGGGCAUCCCUCCAGACCAACAGCGUAUAAUCUUUGCAGGCAAGCAGUUGGAAGAUGGCCGCACCCUCUCCGACUAUAACAUCCAGAAGGAGUCAACCCUCCAUCUUGUGCUACGCCUAAGAGGAGGAAUGCAGGUAUUUGUAAAGACCCUGACUGGCAAGACCAUUACCCUUGAGGUGGAGUCCAGUGACACUAUUGAAAACGUCAAGGCCAAAAUCCAGGAUAAGGAGGGCAUCCCUCCAGACCAGCAGCGCCUAAUCUUUGCUGGCAAGCAGUUGGAAGAUGGGCGCACCCUCUCCGACUACAACAUCCAGAAGGAAUCAACCCUUCAUCUUGUGCUACGCCUAAGGGGAGGAAUGCAGGUAUUUGUAAAGACCCUGACCGGCAAGACCAUUACCCUGGAGGUGGAGUCCAGUGACACCAUUGAAAACGUCAAGGCCAAAAUCCAGGAUAAGGAGGGCAUCCCUCCAGACCAGCAGCGCCUAAUCUUUGCUGGCAAGCAGUUGGAAGAUGGCCGCUCCCUCUCCGACUAUAACAUCCAAAAGGAAUCAACCCUUCAUCUUGUGCUACGCCUAAGGGGAGGAAUGCAGGUAUUUGUAAAGACCCUGACCGGCAAGACCAUUACCCUGGAGGUGGAGUCCAGUGACACCAUUGAAAACGUCAAGGCCAAAAUCCAGGAUAAGGAGGGCAUCCCUCCAGACCAGCAGCGUCUUAUCUUUGCUGGCAAGCAGUUGGAAGAUGGGCGCACCCUCUCCGACUAUAACAUCCAGAAGGAAUCAACUCUUCAUCUUGUGCUUCGCCUAAGAGGAGGAAUGCAGGUAUUUGUAAAGACCCUGACCGGCAAGACCAUUACUCUAGAGGUGGAGUCCAGUGACACCAUUGAAAACGUCAAGGCCAAAAUCCAGGAUAAGGAGGGCAUUCCUCCAGACCAGCAGCGCCUAAUCUUUGCUGGCAAGCAGUUGGAAGAUGGCCGCUCCCUCUCCGACUAUAACAUCCAGAAGGAAUCAACCCUUCAUCUUGUGCUACGCCUCAGAGGAGGAAUGCAGGUAUUUGUAAAGACCCUGACCGGCAAGACCAUUACCCUGGAGGUGGAGUCCAGUGACACCAUUGAAAACGUCAAGGCCAAAAUCCAGGAUAAGGAGGGCAUCCCUCCAGACCAGCAGCGCCUAAUCUUUGCUGGCAAGCAGUUGGAAGAUGGGCGCACCCUCUCCGACUAUAACAUCCAAAAGGAGUCAACCCUCCAUCUUGUGCUACGCCUAAGGGGAGGAAUGCAGGUAUUUGUAAAGACCCUGACUGGCAAGACCAUUACCCUUGAGGUGGAGUCCAGUGACACCAUUGAAAACGUCAAGGCCAAAAUCCAGGAUAAGGAGGGCAUCCCUCCAGACCAGCAGCGACUAAUCUUUGCUGGCAAGCAGUUGGAAGAUGGCCGCUCCCUCUCCGACUAUAACAUCCAGAAGGAAUCAACCCUCCAUCUUGUGCUACGCCUAAGGGGAGGAAUGCAGGUAUUUGUAAAGACCCUGACCGGCAAGACCAUUACCCUGGAGGUGGAGUCCAGUGACACCAUUGAAAACGUCAAGGCCAAAAUCCAGGAUAAGGAGGGCAUCCCUCCAGACCAGCAGCGCCUAAUCUUUGCUGGCAAGCAGUUGGAAGAUGGGCGCACCCUCUCCGACUAUAACAUCCAAAAGGAGUCAACCCUCCAUCUUGUGCUACGCCUAAGAGGAGGAAUGCAGGUAUUUGUAAAGACCCUGACUGGAAAGAUCAUUACCCUGGAGGUGGAGUCCAGUGACACCAUUGAAAACGUCAAGGCCAAAAUCCAGGAUAAGGAGGGCAUCCCUCCAGACCAGCAGCGACUAAUCUUUGCUUACAAGCAGCUGGAAGAUGGCCACACCCUUUCCGACUACAACAACCAGAAGGAGUUCAUCCUCCAUCUUUAGCUCUGCCUGAGAGGCAGAGCAUUAUGUUUUAAUGGUCUUACCUUGAAUGACAAGACCAUUACAAUGUCGGCAAGAAUGCAGGAUAAGGAAGUCUUUCCUCCAGAUGUGCAGUCUCAUCUUUGACAGUUAACAGCUGGGGAAUUAUGGACACUGCAAUGGAAUGCAAAAUACAAAUGAUUUGCUGUAGUUCUCAGAAUUAACUGUCAUCUCUUAAUUUACAAACAUUUCUUCUCUCUGCUGUAUAUCAAAGAGCUUUAUGUUAAUUAAUUUUCUCUUGUUUUGUGAUAACGGCCAGUUUGGGGAGAAAAAUUGGGAAUUUACAAAAACAAUAGGUAAUCCU